UUAACUAGAACACGGGUUGAAAAUUCGCUCUGUUCCCCCUGUCCCAUUAACGGGUUGUGCUCAGUCGUUCCCAUUCCCCCCGCUGGUUUUGGGGGGUGCACGGCCCCGUUGUGGGGUGCCCGCGCUCAGGCCCCGCUCCCCGCAGUGAAGCUGAACGGCGGGCGGCACGUGCAGGGCAUCCUGCGCGGCUUCGACCCCUUCAUGAACCUCGUCAUCGAUGAGUGCGUGGAGAUGGCGGCGGGCGGGCAGCAGAACAACAUCGGCAUGGUGGUGAUCCGAGGGAACAGCAUCAUCAUGCUGGAAGCUUUGGAACGAGUAUAAACCCCUGGAAAACCCCAAGUCCUCACCCACUGCUUCCGUUCCCUCGUCCAAAAUGCCGCCCACGAGUGUACAAUUAUUUUGAUUGUGUUAUUAAAUCAAUUUUGUAAUGGUUGACCUAAAUCAA